ACAUUAGCUAGCUUGAUGUUGGCACCCGUGAAGAUUCUACGUUUGCAAUCCAGGACCACGGCCGGCUGUAACUUGCGCGAUCAAGACAACCAAUAUCCAUCAUUAUGUGUAUUCCUCGGCGGGAAAGCCAAGAGUCACGCUCUUCAGCAGCUCUACCCUCUGAACAAUAUAAGAAGGCAUGAAUCUGAGGCGCCAAUAAAAUUGCGAUACGAUGUCGCUUCCUUAGAAAGCCGCCGGCUAGUGCUAUUAGCUGAUGGUGAAAUUCCGCACACCGACAAGUUUUACACUGCGAAGAGAUUUGAGGCCGGCGUUAGCCAUCCACUUUUGUGGAACAACUAUUCAGCGGCCAAAAUACUACUAGUACUGUGGUCGCGAUUGAUAUUUGUCUUUAUAGAUGUAGUUUGCAUCUUUAUUGACGACGCUACCUAUAUUGAAGAGGUCGUGCACUUUCUAGUUAGCUGUUUGCAGCUUCGGUCUGCGUCCUCCUUUUCUUCGCGAUAUUUACCAAGGGUGAUAUUUAUUUAUGGCCCAUCGGUGAGAAAAGGCGAGAGGGAUAUGUCUGAUUUAGGAUUACUUAACAUCAGUUGGUGCGCAGAAUCGUAUUUGGCGCAUUACCUUGAAAUCGGCCACCGCGCUAAUCUCCCCCUCUCGGGAUUGGCCCUAACAAUUGCGUCAGCGCUUUUUAUAGAUUAUUAUAUACCUAAGAUGCUUGCUAUAAACCCCGGCAUGGUAUUUAGAACGUUGUACCGGUCCGUUGUUAUUACGGCGUAUCGUAUUUCCAAGGCACUAUGGCCCGAGAUAUGUCCCGGGAAAGAAACUGAUCUUGUUGAAUCUAAUUUUAUGCGCUUAUACGAGCGAUUCUCGGAGAACGUAGUCUCCUCGGCGAAUUUACGUAGAGAACAACUUAAGUGCUCUAGUGGUCAGUUAUCUCGUAUGCGAAGUAGUCGUAUCUGUCUAUUUUGUCUUCUGCGUUCUGCGCAACAUGUUCUGGCAUGUGGACAUACAAGGCCGUUAGUGGUAGAUGUUCUUCCGCCGACUAUAAGCCCUACAAUUCUUACUAUCGACGGCGGUGGGGUUAGAGGGGUAAUUCCGUUGGAGUUCCUGCUUCUGGUGCAGGAACAUCUGCGCCCGUACGCGAUAUAA